ACUAAACAGUUUAUCUACUCUUGCUCACAGUUCAUGAAGACUCUUUUGAAGAGUGCCUGUUCAUGUAUUUAUUUAUUUAUUUAUUUAGAGAGGGAGUUUCAAGACUGUGAUCACCUUUGAGCUGUUGAGGAAAAUCAAUAGAACUGUGACAGCAUUAUCGGGAGCACCCUCAAGCUGUUGAAUGGCAGGAAACUCACUGAGUGUAGUCCAUCCAGUCUGCUGAUGGCGUGGAGGGAAGGUGGCAAUGAGCUGUUCAAGAAGAGAGAGUACUCGAAAGCCAUCUGGGAGUAUUCGAGGGCAUUGGCGGAUCACCCGGAUGAUCAUCUACUUAUCAGUAAUCGAGCAGAGGCUUUCUUGAAACUGAAGCAGUACACGGAGGCGUACCAUGAUGCUCUGGAUGUUACUCAGAAAUGCGACACAGACGUCAAAGGAUACUACCGUCUUGGGCGCGCUCUGACUGGCCUGGAUCGCUUUGAAGAAGCACGUACUACCCUAGAGACGGCGUACCGCCUGGAUCGAGCUAAUGCUGCCGUUGUUGCCGAGCUGAGAAGUGUGCGUGCGCUCGUGCUAUCCCGUCGCAAGAUCAAGUGGACGCAAUUGCUGAGAACGCUCCUGGGCGAAGCGAAGAGCUGCAGCAAAUUGUACUCCGACCAAGAUGAUUACGUGGGCGAUGUGGAGGUGCAACAUACCUACACGGGCAAAGGGAGAGGUCUGUUCGCCACACACGACAUACCUGCCGGAACUGUCGUUCUUGCUUGCAAGGCGCUUGCAAUGGUCUACUCAGACGAAGGGGAGACAUCGUCAGAGGUCACUGGGCCCGUGGACUACUCAGGCCGCCUUGUUGACAAGCUUCUUGAUAGUUUGGUAGAGAAACUUUCUGUUAGUUGUGAUUCUGGGAACCCUACUGAGCUGCAGGAAAAGAUCUCAUGUCUUUGCAUUGGUAGUGGUCCGUCCACGCCCAGGCCCAAAUCUGUGUCUGAUGAGAACCGGGACUCUGAGGCUACUCGCGAUUGGGUGUCACCUAUUGUUCAGUACAACGCCUUUGCAUCAACAUCUUGGGACCCCUUGUCAUCCAUUGAGUUUGCAAACAGCAGCGAGGCACCAGAGCUGGAAACGGCCAUCGCAGUCAAUAGGCCAACCUCUAUGUUUGUGUUUGGUUACGGACUAUGGAACCUGCCGUCGUACGUUAAUCAUAAUUGUCUCUUCAAUGCGUUUCGUUUCACCAUCGGCGAUUUCUUCGUCUUAGUAAGCACGCGUGACAUCUGCGCCACCGAGGAAAUCACAACGUACUAUGUACGUCCGGAUGAGCAGGACAGGCGGCGCACGAUGAAAGCCGACUAUGGAUUUGUGUGCAAGUGUUUGCUGUGCACUGCAGAGACCAGUCUGCCAAGAGAGGCGCAUGGCUAUGUUGCUGCAGCACGGGAAAAACUCGAGGCAGUAUCUGAGCAGGUUGUGAAGUACGAUACUGACUGUAUGCCCGAUUUGAAGCUAUGCUUGACGUAUGCUCGGCAAGCCGACGACAGGAAGUUGCUGCGGCCCAACCGUGUACUCUGCAAUAUCCUUACUGCUAUGGUCACACUGUAUGCCCAUGGAAAGAGCUGGGACUUUGCUGUGGACGCUCUAAAUUCGGCAUACGACUCUCUUGUGGGCAAGCCGAGAAAGGAAGAUGCGGAUGACUUGGAUGUCGCCUUCGGUGGUGGAUCUGCCUCUCCCGAGCCCCUAAUUGUCGAGCUAGCUAUACAGAUGUGCUGUGUGCUAUCUCGCCAGCGUCGCUUCAACGAAGCCCGAAAAUGGCUGCAGCGGGCUCGUGACAUGUCGCUCCUUCUAUACGCAGUCAGUGAUGUCGCUGAAGCGUACUUCGGACACCACUUUCGUUUAGCCGAGCAAGGCUUGGCGGAGGGCCGUUCGAAACGUUAGCUGACAAUUUCCGUGCCAUCUCUACUUGUGCACCUAGAGUUGCCGUUGACUGGAUUUUACGUAUUUUGGAUUACUGGAUCUUUCUUUUCUUUCAUGCUUCCUCAUUAGAUGUUGUGCACUGCCGGUUCAGUUUUGUUCUAAUUUAUUUCUUCCUGUGAUGCUGGCCAUCAUAGAAUUUGUGUUGAGUAGUCAAAUCAUACAAUGGCAUGGGAUUUUGUACUUCAGAAAUAGAUAUGAGCAAACAUGAAUUAGGUAAUCUAAAAUUUAUAAGUUGUGUCGACAUUACAUUGAUUGAUUGACCUCACAGUGAUUUUUUUUUUCGAUGAUGAAAGUCACAAGAAUACAUUCGGCUUCCUCCGUAGGUGUUUGUCUCAACGUA